AUGGCUCGGAACGCGCUGGGUCCGACAGUAGGAGCCACGGCGAGUCCACAAAGCGCCCACACGUUUCCUGUCAUCCGCGUCGACGAAGCUCCCAAAAUCCGGCCUCAGGUGAGCUUUUACUGUUUCACAUACACAAUUAGGUUUAUUUGUUGCCAGAUCAGCGUUCAGUAUAGCUAGUUGGCUUGAAUGAAAUAAAUCAAGAAAUAAAUUGUGAAAAACAUAGUUUUAAGGUCCAAGUAUCGCUCUACCGUCGUUCAAGUGAUUUUCUAUUAAGUUUUACUUCUGUAGCCCUAUUAUUUGAGUUCGACAUAUUCCGUAGAACUUUAUAGACCUUUUCAGAAUUCUUUUCCCUUUUUUUGUUGAAUUGUAAUCCAUUCUGAGGGAUCAAGUUCUAUCAGUGUUUUCAGAUAAAACCUAAACCUAAACCGAUAGACGGGCCUAUAAUCAGACUAGAAACUUCGAACGAACCACGACUAAAUGGAUCCAUUGGUCAGCCUAGAAAACCACUUCCUCCGACACGAACACCGCGUUAG